GAUCCUAUCUCGCAUCGUGUUUGAAAAUCGCGUCAUCUUCGUAUAUCGGGAAAAUCUUCCACUAGGGAAACAUUUCGUCGGUCGGUUUACGUGUCAAAAACUACCGCUGUGUUUACUUAAAUUUGAUUCGAAGACAAUUUAAGCUGGCGCGAAUAUAAUUCAUUCCUUGAAGUGUUCUCUAAGUAUAUAAUGCUCGUUAUAAAUUGAAACUUUAAAAAACUUAGAAAACUGCGUAUAUUGAGAUUCCACGUCGGUUAAUCACAGAAACUUCGAGCGAGCGUCGACGUAGCUGUCAUCUUGAAGUUUGCUAAUUGCAAUCACACGGCUUUGUGAAGGACAAAAUACUGCCAUUGCAAUGUACGGUUGAUAAUGCUCGCCUGGAGGAUUCUUUCGACCAUGAUACCACUCGAGAUUCUUCUCGAGUUAAAAAACGCGGCUUAUUCGCGCGUGUAACCAUUAAAAAAUAAUCAUCCACGUAUUACAAGACUGAGACAGUGUUCCAGCGCAGGGGGAGAAAUGGCAACACAUUAAGAGAUGAAGUUUUACUCGGGGAGGAUUUGGCAAUGAUUAAUGCGACGAAGAGGUGAUGUGAUGUGGCGAAACUUUGGUUGGACGGCCAUUCUGGCCACAUGGACGAUAUUCCUGAUUUUGAAUAGCGGCUUAGCUGGCGAACGAAUUCUCAAGAAACCACAAAACAACAAUGAAGACAAUGUUCAUCAUGAAACAACGCAUCCCGUUUUCGAUAAGAAAGUUGUCGAUUAUUCUAGGUUACGAUACGCAAGAGAGAAUUUCAAAUCAAAUGAUCGUUCAUCAAUGCAUGCAAAAGCAGUUUCUCUGGAAUUCAAAAAUACGGAAAAUCGCGAUUCACGACUCAAUGGCCAUGAAAAGCACAUUGCGAUGUCAAAUGCAAUAGCUACAACGAAAUACUUGAAAGACAGCGACGACAAAAGUGAGCGACUGAUUACAAAAAGAAUGGGAAACGUAUGGUUGUCGAAAGUUAUCGUUAUGGAAAAAUCGAAGAAUACAAGGAAUUAUCUUAAGUUCAUGUCUAGCCUACGUCCGCCGCCACCUACAUCCCAAGAGCUGAAAAGUGCCUCGAGAAAGAAAAGACGUAAGGAAAGAACCAUCUACGUGUUCUUGAACGAUCAUAAAAAGAUGGGAACGAUAAGACACGAUAUUCAGGCGCAUGACAAGAAAGGCGGACGGUGGAAAAAGUACGAGAGGGAUCGAAUCUUUAGUGGAGAAAACGGGAUGACCGCAUUCUUCCCCGACAAAUUCACAAAGAACUCGCGUAGCGAGAAAGACAGUUCUACACAGAAGUUGAAAAAUUCCGAUAUCUCGCAACUCAAAACUACAAAAGCGGAAAUUAUCGUGUCCAGAUAUGCCAACGGAGCACACAAACAUAAUAGGAACGAAAGAGAUUUCCGCCAAAGUCUCGAGCUAACAAAAAACAGCACGAAUAAAUUGAUUUAUGUUAGAGUCAACGACAAAUCUCGAAAAGUAGAGCCAACUUUUUCAAACUACUCAAGUUCAGAGGUAAAUCGGAGUUGUGGGAAUGAAACUAUUACAACUACUACAGAUAACGCAAUCAUAGAGAAUUCACCGUACCAACGUUCCGUGGCCGUCACCUGGACUACAUUAAUCUUCAACUCCAAAAUCUCGAGCGUAAACGGAGAAGUUGGUGAUGAAGAAAAUACCGUAAGUCCCUCUUCAGAGUAUUCAAAAUCGAAAUCCUAUAAAGUGAAUGAGUUUCUAGCAUCAGCCGAAACGUACAAACGCAACGAAUAUUCAAAGGUAGGAUUUAAAGUAAGUACAGAUACACAAGGGAACAAAAAAGAAAACGGGAACAGCGUCGAUUCGUUCACUUCUCGCGCAUCAAAUUCGCUCAAUAACCAUUUCGCUAAGAAAAGAGCCAGCUUUACGAAGCGUCCCUUUUUACAUAGAAAAAAGAACGAAUUAAAGGCAAGCGAUAUAUUUGAUCAGCGACGUCAAUAUUAUUUUCCAACAAGCGAUAUUAAUACAAAUAGGAAAACAAGGAAACUUGGCGAGAUGCGUAUAAGAAAAAAAACGGAAGAAAAAGAGAUUACCGCUGCUGCAAACUACGCAACGCACGACACGCUCGGAAUCGAGCCUGACCCGUCACCAACUAAUUUAUCUACCAAGGGAAUCGACAAAUCCAACUUAGACUAUCAGAUGCCAGUGCGUAUUUCAGUCACGCAGAAAAGGAAUCCGAUACACGUACGACACGUCGGAUCUGACGCGGACUGCGAGCGCCGGCGGAGAACUGAGUUCGAGGCCGGAGUUCGUGACGCGUUUCGAAUCGGCCUUCGGAAUGUCUCCAAUCCAUCGACGACCGCAAAAUUCAAUAGCUUCCUUGACCAAAAACCUAAUGGCCGCCCGAAGUACUCACAGAAAUUUCAUGCAAUCAAUGUCGGUACACUUCCACGCAUCGCUGAGACAACUGAUGGAAAAUUGGAACACGACCGCGAUGAACCUCGAGGAACUUCAACCGAGAGCGUAUCUAUCUUUUUCGGUGCAGCGAAUGUCGGCGAUAAUUCGAUCGGAAUGCGGAAGAUUAAUGGGCAUGUGCAGUCAUCGAGCGAACUUACGGAUGAGCCCGGAUUAGAAAAUGUCAGAGUUACGACGAGACGAGGUGGAAAUCAUCGAGACAUGCAUGAAGGAUCUGGAUUUUAUUCACGAAGCGACGGUGUUCAUAACUCAAAGUAUCGACGAUAUAAACGCCACGAAGAUCGGAAUACUCCGAGAAUUUCGACAUCAACUGAAUUCGACAGCGGCACGUGGAAGACACUCGAUACGGCAACAACAACGUCGAACUUGCUAAUCGAAUUUACCGCCAAUCCACCCAUUUCGACAACUGAAACAAAUAACGUAGAUAAAAUAUCGACUAGCGCGAAAAAAGUUCUUACAUCUGUGGAAGCACCGCCGUCUUCGAAAUACAGAGAAUUUCAGAAAGAGUGGCAAUCGACCCCAUUGACGACUAAUCACGAUGAGAGAUACACGAAUGCUCCGGCAAGAAUGGGUUCUAACGCUUCUGAUUCAUCAGAGAUAUCGUUGAUAGAUGCUCCGAAGACGUUUAACGUCAGUUCGGUAGAGACGCCGUAUCUAAUCGAAGCGCACGAUCGAUCGAGAGCGACAACUAAAAUAGACAACUCUAUUAUUCCGAAAGAGGUUCCUCCAGCUGUCGAGGCAAAUGUGCGAAUAUCUGACGCUACGAACAAGAACUUCGAAGUGUCUUCGACCGAGCUCAUUAAUUCGCAAGGAGAACACGGAGCGUACGGUAACGAAUCCGUAUGGACCAUUGACCCACUUCCACAAAAGAACAAUGACCCUUCUCGAGGUAUCUUCGAAAGCAUCACCAUGGAGAAUAUCAUCGACUCAUCGGCUAGUGACGUGCUUUCGGAUCAGUGGCCUGUAAAGCAUAGCGCAGUGGUGGAAGGUGAUCUCGUCCUCGGUGGACUGAUGAUGGUGCACGAAAGGGAAGAUAGAAUUACAUGUGGUCGUGUGAUGCCUCAGGGAGGAAUUCAGGCACUUGAAGCCAUGCUCUAUACGCUGGACACUCUCAAUGACCGGGAGAUUGUGCCUGGCGUCAAAAUCGGGGCGCACAUACUCGAUGACUGCGACAAGGACACCUAUGGUCUUGAGAUGGCAGUGGAUUUCAUUAAGGGUUCGAUAAGCAACAUAGAUGGUGCGGAAUAUCACUGCAACAAAACUGCCGUGCGUAAAGUAAUCAGCGGAGUCGUUGGUGCAGCGAGUUCAGUAACUUCGAUUCAAGUUGCCAAUCUCCUACGAUUGUUUAAAAUUCCGCAAGUCUCCUAUUUCUCGACGAGUCCGGAGCUUUCCAACAAACAACGCUUCGAAUAUUUCACCCGUACGAUACCCAGCGAUCACUAUCAGGUCAAAGCGAUGGUCGACAUUGUAUUGACGAUGGGUUGGAGCUACGUUUCCAUCAUUUACGAGGAAAGCAACUACGGUAUAAAAGCUUUCGAGGAACUCGAGGAACUACUAGGCAGAUAUAACAUAUGUAUCGCCGUCAAAGAAAAGUUGGUGAAGGACUCCGGAGUCGCCAAGGAGGUCGCCUACGACAACAUAGUUUUAAAAUUGCUGACAAAACCACGAGCGAGAGGUUGCAUUAUCUUCGGCUCCGACCAAGAAGUCGCCGGGGUCAUGAGGGCGGUCAGGCGUUGUAAAGCGACCGGCGUUUUUUCCUGGAUCGGAAGCGACGGCUGGAGCGCAAGGGGAUUAGUGAGUAACGGUAACGAGCCGGAAGUCGAGGGUACUCUAUCCGUCCAACCCCAGGCGAAUCCCGUUAAGGGUUUCGAGGAGUACUUCCUCAACUUGACCGUCGAGAACAAUCGGAGGAACCCGUGGUUCGUCGAAUUUUGGGAAGACCAUUUUAAAUGCCGAUAUCCAAACUCGCCUCGGACACGAUAUAACACAAAUUACACGGAAACUUGCACGACAAAAGAACGUCUCACCAAGCAGAAUACGGCUUUCGAGGACCAACUACAAUUUGUCUCCGAUGCAGUAAUGGCAUUCGCUUACGCUUUUCGAGAUAUGCAUCGUGACCUUUGCCAGGGAAAGGCAGGGUUGUGCGAUGAAAUGAAACCGACUAAAGGAACAACGCUUUUGCAAUACCUGCGCAAGGUGGAUUUCGAGGGUCUAAGCGGAGACAAGUUUAGAUUCGACAAGGACGGCGACGGACCAGCGCGAUACAACAUCAUACAUUUCAAGCAAACCGAACCGGGCAAGUACAAGUGGAUUCGCGUGGGCAAAUACCUGGAAGGCGAGCUGCGACUAAACAUGUCGGAAAUCCAAUUUAAGCUCGGACAUCCUCAACCACCCGUGAGCGUGUGUUCCUUGCCUUGCGAGGUCGGUCAAGCAAAGAAAUAUGUCGAGGGUGAGAGAUGCUGUUGGCAUUGCUUUAAUUGCACUCAAUAUCAGAUACGGGAUUCCAACGACGAGACGCAGUGCAGUCAGUGUGAACGAGGUACGCUGCCGGAUGAAACACAUUCGAUGUGCCAGGAUGUUCCGGAAGAGUUCCUACGUCCGGAAAGUGGUUGGGCAAUAGGUGCGAUGUCUUUCUCUGCCACGGGAAUUUUGGUGACAUUAUUUGUCUGCGGCGUUUUCCUCAAGCACAACGACACGCCUGUCGUACGCGCGUCUGGGCGAGAACUGUCUUACGUUCUUCUCUUGGGAAUUCUACUCUGUUACCUCGUCACAUUCACUCUGAUAUUCAAACCCACGCACAUUGUCUGCGGUAUUCAAAGAUUCGCCGCAGGCUUCUGCUUCACGGUAGUAUACGCAGCUUUAUUAACGAAGACCAAUCGAAUCUCAAGAAUCUUCAACGCCGGGAGUGCAAAGAGGCCGUCCUUCAUAUCACCGCGGUCGCAACUUAUUAUCUGCUCCGGAUUGGUAUCCGUGCAGAUCUUAAUUAAUAUAGUUUGGAUGAUCAUCGACCCUGCUAGAGCGAUGCAUCAUUAUCCCACGAUGGAGGACAAUCUACUCGUGUGCAACAACUACAUCGACACCAGCUAUAUGAUCGCGUUUACAUAUCCCAUAAUAUUAAUAAUUGUGUGUACUAUCUACGCCGUCCUCACGAGAAAAAUUCCAGAAGCUUUCAACGAGAGCAAGCACAUCGGUUUAACGAUGUAUACAACAUGCGUCAUAUGGCUCGCUUUCGUACCUUUGUAUUACGGUACCGGAAGCAACGUCGCACUAAGAAUUACCUCGAUGUCUGUAACAAUCAGUCUUUCUGCAUCCGUAACGGUGGUUUGCCUCUUCAGUCCAAAGCUGUAUAUUAUUUUAAUCCGGCCCGAGAGAAACGUACGUCCGACUGUGAGGGCAGGAAGACCCAACCCGACGAAAAGUUCGGCGAUAACUGUUACAAAUGCCUCGAGUAUGAUGGGACCGGUGACGGCGACGACGGUUCUGACAGCCGCUACUUGCGACCAGAAUAAAGCCAUCAAGAAACAUAUCGCGUCCACCAUGGACUGCUCCACUCAAAGCGAAUAUUACGAAAUGGAAUUGAAGGAACGGAAAAACGGGGAGUCGCUGACGACGUGCAUUUCGCGAUCAACGCAAACGACUGCCAACGAGAAGGAAUUUGUGACCGUCGUGACGAGUAAUAAAAAAUCACCGGACGUAAUCGUGUCCGCGAGUAACAUGGAAUCAAUAAAUAGCACAACGACGAAACGACUCAACAGCAAUGCGAGGAUAGGCAAUGGACCGCUUUCUCAAAGCGACGUCUCCUUGUAGCGGAAGGUAGAACUGUCAAUGGAAUUAACUGUUAGUUUAAAACCGAUCUCGAAGAAUCCCGUUACCGUUUGAUUUAUUCCAUUGUAUACUGUAUGUAUAUAUUACUAGAUCUGCGCCGACGCAUUUCUCAACAUAACGAGGUAGAUAAUUAGAUAAAUUAUUUUGAAAAUUAUUUUCAAGCAAUUUAUCGUCAGACGCCCCUCGUCAGGGUCCGACAGCAAAAUGACAACAACCAGACGCCAAUUCGUCCGGUAACGCGUACUUAAAAUUAUCCGUACUAUUGGAUUAGAGUUGAGUGAAUCUGAAGUAGAAGAAAUUUAUUAUAUACGUAUUGUACGUGUCGAAAAUAUGUAUAUCCUGAGAUGCAUGAUAUAUGCGUUACAAACUUAUAAUCGUGAGUUACAUGUAAGACGACAAAUAAACAUAAAUGAGCGUACAAUGAAAGAGUAUUAGAGUUAAGGAUUGUUUUAUUACUUUAUAUAAUUAUAUAAUAAUAAUUGUAUAUA